UCUUGGGCUGGAUGAUGGGCCUUCAAGGGUGGUAGAUUCUCAACUUGGGCCUUUAUGUGAACAAAAUAAUGGCUGUGAUGGAUUGUUGGAUUUAACAGCCCAAAACUAUACCAGAAUUACAUCAAGGAAGAAGAGAGUUCAUCCUAGCACAUCUGGUGCGGUCUACGAGAGGAAAAAUCACAAAGUUAAAAUACUUAAUGCCAGAGGUAGCAUUGGAGAGAAAAAUGGAGAUGUAAGUGAUAGGUCUUCCUAG